AUGGUCGUCAUCAAGGGCGGUGGCCAGACGUACGCCGUCGGCAAUGGCCGUCAGAUGGAGUGGGACGAGGUGCCGGAGUCUUUCAAGAAGAACCUGGCCGAGCAAAAGGAAAUGGAGAAGUGCAUGGACCUCAGAGCCAAGGCACAGCGCUGCAUCAGCGAUCAGGGCUUCUGGGCACCGGACUGCGUCCAUCUCACCGAGGCCUUCCACCUCUGCCAGUCGCACGAGCUCACGCGAACAGAGCUGACGCAGCGCAAGGGGGCGGAGUCGUAG